CUGAUAUUAUAUGAGCGCAAUCGCGAAUCCCAAGUGGUCCAUUCAUUCCUGAACUAGUGUAGUGGUUACGACGCGCACGAAACGGUAGUAAAUAAAGACGCGUGAGUUGUGUACCGAUAAAGUUUUCACCUAUCUACCAGCGCCUCAUCGGAUUAAGAUGACGCUGAACACCAAUGUAGCCAUUUUACUGGCAGCAGGUUUAUUCUGCUCAGCUUCUGCCAUAUACCAUCAUUCACCAUAUUAUCAAUCUCACGACCCAUACGCCGUAAACAAUCACUCCGGAUAUCAUCCACAAGCGUCCUAUGGUCAUUCCUACCAAGCACCUCAUGGUGCUGGUUUCCGUCAGCUAACACCAAACGGUUUGGGAUCACGUCCAGGACCCAACAAUUUUGGUGAAAUAUCCACUCCACCCCAAGGAGCCGGAUGUUUACCACCGGUUGGUCCUUGUCCUAAUAGCAAAUACAGAACCAUUGAUGGAUCCUGUAACAACUUGAGAUAUACCAAUUGGGGAACACCAAAUUCUAAAUACGCCCGUUUGUUACCACCUAGAUACUCCGAUGGUAUCCACGCGCCUCCAACAUCCCUUACUGGUGAACCAUUGCCCAGUUCUCGUCUUGUCAGUAUUGUUAUGUUCCCAGACGUUCCCAUUCCUGAUCCAGUCUGGACAUUGAUUACCAUGACAUGGGGUCAAAUUGUUACUCACGACAUGUCCAUGUCUAUGGGUACUACUCAAGCAAAACGUCAUUCCAUCAGAUGUUGUGAUGACAAUGGCCGUUUGUUAAGCAACAACCCAGACGUUCACUGUUUCCCCAUCACCAUCCCCGAAGACGACCCAGUUUUCUCCAAAUUCAAUAGAGAAUGCAUGAACUUUGUUAGAUCAACCACCGAUUUAGAAACUGGAUGUAAUGCUGGAAACCAACCCGCCGAACAAUUAGUCGUCGUAUCCCACUGGAUGGAUGCUUCUUUCGUAUAUGGCUCAAGCCAAAGAUUAGCUGACAAUCUUCGUGAAGGUAUUGGUGGAAGAUUGAGAGUUGAAUUCAGAGAUGGAAGACCAUGGCCACCAGCAGCAGCUAACAAGAGUGCCGUAUGUGAUCAACAAACGGAUGAAGAACCAUGCUACCAAUUCGGUGACCGAAGAGCAAAUCAAAAUCCACAACUGACUGUUUUGCAAAUACUUUUACUCAGAGAACAUAACCGUAUUGCUACAGUUUUGUCGCAUGUUAAUCCUCAUUGGGACGAUGAAACCCUUUAUCAAGAAGCCAGAAGAGUCCUUAUCGCAGAAUUCCAACACAUCAACUACCACGAAUGGCUUCCAAUCAUCUUAGGAACCGAAAAUAUGUUGAAAUACGGUUUGUUGUACAAGAAUAAAGGUUACACCAACGAUUACAAGGAAAAUGUCGAUCCAAGUGUUAUUAACGCUCAUGCUCACGCUGCUUUUAGAUACUUCCAUUCGUCCAUUCAAGGACAAUUCCAUUUGAUCGGGGAAGAUCGUAACUUACUAAGUGCUGUCAGAUUAUCUGACUACUUUAACAGGCCUACCAUCAUUGAACAAGGGUACAACUUUGACCAUUUGACCAGAGGUUUAGCUACACAAAGCCAAGAAGAAGUUGAUCCAUUCUUCACCAGUGAAAUCACUGACUUCUUAUUCCGUAACGGUCGUCCAUUUGGUCGCGAUUUGAGAGCUAUUGAUGUGCAGAGAGGUCGUGACCAUGGUCUUGCCUCCUACAAUGACUACAGAGAAUUCUGUGGUUUACCAAGAGCACAUAAAUUCGAAGACUUCUCCGACUAUAUUGAUGUUGAACGUAUUGAAAAACUUGCACUGCUUUACAACCAUCCUGAUGAUGUGGAUCUCAGUGUUGGAGGUUCUUUAGAAGCUCACGUACCAAACACAUUAGCUGGACCUACUUUCUUGUGCUUAUUGACUGAACAAUUCUACAGAACUAGAGUAUCUGAUCGUUACUUCUACGAAUUGGGUGGACAACCAGGUUCAUUCUCACCAGAACAACUUAAUGAAAUCCGCAAAUCUAGUUUAUCAAGAAUUUUCUGCGACAACAGUGACGAUAUACACACAAUUCAAGCUCAAGGAUUCUUGAAGAUUUCUGACAAAAACCCAUUGGUAUCAUGUAAUGAUUAUGAUAGAAUCCCAUCAAUUGACCUCAACUUCUGGAAAGAAGAAUCUUAUGGUCAUGCUGCUCCACAAUAUGGAGGUUAUGUUGAUAGUUACAAGAAGAAAUAAAAAAGACCAACGAUAAUGAUUAAAAAGUGUAAAUAAUAGUAUUGAUUGUCUUCUAUAAGUGUUCUGUCGUUUCUAUUUUUCUAUCUUUUGAUAUUUCUUAACACUGUAUAAAUUUCUAAGAUGAUCAAUCAUUUU